GUCAAAACAAAGUUCUAACCUCAAUUUUAUGUAACUAUAUUUAAAUUGAUUUACAAAAAAUAUUUAAAAAAAAAAAUUAUUUUCAUUAAAUCUUAUAAAAUGACGGUGUAUUUAUCAAGAAUUGUGCUAAAAGUUUUACGACAUCCGUCGUCUAAGAACUUUCCUAUUGGGUCUUCUGCAGAAAUUUCCAUUCCAAUAAGCCGAUAUUUCUCGUCUAGAAAUGACAAUUUUUCCACGGAAAAUCAAACAACUAUUAGAAAAUAUUCUAGUGAUAUGAUUACGCCAACAAUAGCAUUAGAAAAUGCAAGCUUACCGAUUAAAAAGAAGAUUUUACACAAAAAGGCGGAUUUGAAGGAACUCAGUCAAAAGGAGGGGCACUAUGUGACUAUGGCUUAUGCUACAGCGAAUUCCUACGAUUUGAAGGCUCUUAAAGAAGCCCUUGUAGAACAAAAGCUGUAUGAACCGGGAUCUAUACAAGCCCAAGAAAUAGGAGAUGUGGUGGUUGCGAAUGCGGUGUACUCGGUCGGGGACGAGCCCCGGCAGAUCCUGUUCUUCAGAGAGGGUGCCGUUGUGUUCUGGAACUGCACACAGCUGGAAGCUAGUAAUGUGCUGGAUUUUGUUAAAAGGUACGAACAUGAGAGCUACCCCCGUGACGUCAUCGAGAAGGAGCGAGAGGUGAUGACUUACUUUUAUCAGCCAAAUAUCAAAAAGUGUCACCUGCAAGAUCAGGAAUCAUGCUUCGUGAUGGUGCCCAACAAGGAUAACUCGUUGGAGAAGUAUACCUUCAGUCACGCGAUGGCGCAGUCGGCGCGGCUGGGCGCGUGGGAGGCCCGGCUGGAGGCCCUGGCCUCCGCUGUGAGCUUCCACACCGCCAAGAUGAGGGCCGAGGGCAUCGCCAAAGUGGACAAGAAGGAGGUGGUCCGCAAGCUGGGGGAACUGUUCGCCCUCAGGCACACCCUGAACGUGGAGUCCGACCUGCUGGACGGCACCCCGGACGUGUACUGGGAGCAGGAGCAGCUGGAGAAGCUGUACUCCAGCACCGUGGCCUACUUCACCAUCCCCAGGAGGACCAGGGUACUAAACGAACGGCUAGCUCACUGCGUAGAGUUGCUGGAGCUGCUGUCUUCGUGGGCGGCUGACAGGCACCACGUGCGACUGGAAUGGAUGGUCAUCGCUCUCAUUCUGGCCGAAGUUUGCUUCGAGUUGCUUCAUUACUAUGAGAGGUAUAUUGAGAGGCAUCAUGAUAUUUUUGAUUGAUUGAUGGCCUUAGAUGAGUUUGAUGAUGAUGGGAUGUGUUUUUUAAGGUUUGAGAGGUCACUUUUAGGCUGAAUUGUUUUGGUCUUUCGGAAAGACCGUUCGGUCUACUGAGUAGACGAGCAUUUUUUUAUCCUAGUUUUGCGGUAUAUUGUUAGUCAUCAUCUAAUAGUUGAUUGAUGAUGGGAUUUGUUUUUAAGGCUUGAGCAGUCGAUAUUAGGGAAAAUUGGAUCGGUCUUUUGCAAAGACCAUUUGGGCUACUUAGUAGACUAACAUAUUUUAACCUAGUUUUGCUUUUAAAAUUAAUUUGCAUAUGAUAGGAAGGAAAUGAUAGGCAUUUAUAUACCGAAGUCUACUUUGAGUUUCUACGAAAGUACUUAUGAAAGAUAUUUUUGACCAAUUGAUUUUACGAUUGCAUUUAGAACUCGAAAGGCCUCUUAUACACUAUAUAAUUUUGGUCUAUAAGGUUCACUAUCGACAGAUUACAAAGAGUUUAAUGUUUCAGUUUUACACAUUAAUCAAAGUAGAUCUUUUGUUUUUUAUUUAUUUUUUGUUCUUAAGACAUACUUGAUAUUUUAGCCUCGUUUAGUCACAUCGUUUCAAACACAUAUUGAUAUGUGUUACAUACAUACAUAUAAUCACGUUUAUAUCCCUUGUGGGGUAGACUAGAGCCAACAUUCUUGAGAAGACCGGUAGGCCACGUUCAGCUGUUUGGUUUAAUAAUAGAAUUGGGAUACAAAUAGUGAGUGGUUGCUAACCCAUCGCCUAAAAAGAACAAUCCCAAGUUUAUAAGCCUAUCCCUUAGUCGUCUUUUACGAAGUCCAUGGGAACGAGGUGGAGUGGUCCCAUUCUUUUUUUUUGUUACCACACGGCACAAUAUUGUAAUGUUCAUAUUCACAAUAUUCUCGAACACAAGAUUUAACUCUAGUAGAUAUUUUUGGGUAGAUAAAGCCAAAGUUCAGCUUAAUGUAAACAUGUUGAAGUAAGUAUAAGAUCUUUCUUUUGUAUAAUAAGAUGUUCCGGAAGUAAUUUUGUGAUAUGUUUAGUCGUUUAUUUAAUAAAAUAUGUAUCUAUGACGUAAAAUGUGCCAUAAUCUAUAUGCUUUAUGUAUAGUUGUAGUAUAUAUGUUAUAUAUAUGUAAGGGCUUUUUUGUUGUAAAUAAAAUGAAAUAACAUUUGUAAAAAUAAAAAAUAAAUAAAGUUUCAUAGACAAAUAAAUAAAUAGCUCGUUUAUAUAAAGGCAAAGUAGUAAAUAUAAGUACUUUGCGAUAUAGUAAUUUUUAUUUUAUUAGAUACAUACACAUAUGUAUAUUACGUCUUUUUAUAAAAGCCUCCUUAGCUCUAACGGGGAAGACUGCGCCAAUAAUAACACGAUUUUAUGAUCAUGAUUAGAUUCAGAUUUAGGAACAGGUUAGCCCUAAUUAUUACCUUUUUUAUAUCUUACUACUAUUAAGUAGUUUUACUGCAUUGUUCACGUGUAAUAGCAUACUUUUGGUGUAUAUAUUUCAAUAAUUUUAAAACUAACUUAUGUAUUGUAUAUAUUAUAUUUGUCGAUUUACAAUAGGUAGUUGUAGUUUUAACUAGUUUUAUUGAAAUACCAAAUAUAUUUUUGAGUAAUAAAUGGUUUUGGAAUAUUUA